CAAAUAGAAGUGUCAAAUUAAAUUUUGAAGAAACCUCGGUACUGAAUUAGAGGCGAGUAAGACUGUUAACAGAACAAAGAGGGGCGCUUUUUGGGAUUUCAAUCAAGAGCGUUGAUGUUUACUUAUGGAUUUUAACUUGCGUUAUUAUGCUCAGCUAUUCCAACAUUGCAAUACCAAAAACUCCAUCAAUCAAGUUAAGCAAAUCCAUCUCUUCUUGCUUAAAAAGGGUAUCCUCAAUUCAGUUAUAACCAUUGGUAAUCGCCUUCUUCAAGUAUAUGCAAAAUGUAGUAAUAUGAAGGACGCAGCUAAGGUGUUUGAGGAAAUGCCGCAAAGAAACUGUUUUUCAUGGAAUACCCUUCUUGAGGGAUUCAUAAAGUCAGGGAACGUAGAUAAAGCAUCAGAACUGUUCAAUUCCAUGCCUUACAAGAAUGAAUUUUCAUGGAAUGUAGUGAUUUCGGGGUGCGCAAAAUCAGGCGACCUACAUUUAGCUAGGAUGCUAUUCAACCAAAUGCCUGAAAAAAAUGGCAUUGCUUGGAAUUCUAUGAUUCAUGGGUAUGCACGACAUGGGUAUCCUACGGAAGCUCUAAAUUUGUUCAAAGAUAUGAGUUUAGGAAAGAGAGACCCUUUUGUUUUGGCAACAAUUUUUGGUGCUUGUACUGAUAUGAUGGCUAUUGAUUGUGGUAAGCAAAUUCAUGCUAGGAUUAUCAUUGAUGGAGUGGAGUACGAUAAGGUUUUGAGUAGUUCUCUUGUUAAUUUGUAUAGCAAGUGUGGUGAUUUAGUUAAUGCAGAAAAUGUUUUCAAGUUAACGAAAGAAAUUGAUGACUUUUCACUUUCUGCAUUGAUCACAGGAUAUGCAAAUUUGGGUAAAAUGGAUGAUGCUAGAAGAUUAUUUCACCAUAUAGGGAAUCCAUGUGUUGUAGUAUGGAAUUCAUUGAUUUCUGGGUGUGUUACUAACGAUCAACCAAUGGAAGGUUUGAUUUUGUUUAACAUAAUGAGGUAUAAGGGUUUGACGCCAGAUUGCUCCACCUUUGCAAGUAUUUUGAGUGCUUGCUCGAGUAUUGCUAUUCUUGAGUAUGGAAAACAAUUGCAUAAUCAUGCUUUGAAAGUUGGGGUCUCAAAGGAUGUUAUUGUUGGGUGUUCUCUUAUUGAUAUGUAUUCGAAAUGCGGUAAUCCAUAUGAUUCCUGCGAAUUAUUCAAUGAGCUCGAGCUUCAUGACACUGUUCUACUUAAUUCUAUGAUCAAUGUGUAUUGUAACUGUGGAAGAAUGCAGGAAGCUAAGCAGAUUUUUGACAAUAUACAUUAUAAAACCUUAAUUUCAUGGAAUUCUAUGUUAGCGGGCUUUAGCCAAAAUGGCUGUCCCCAUUCAGCUAUUCAUCUUUUUUGUGAGAUGAACAAACUCGAAGUUCGAAUCGAUAAAUUUAGUCUUGCAAGUGUAAUCAGUUGUUGUGCCAGCAUCACUGCACUUAAUUUUGGUGAGCAGAUUUUUGCAAGAGCUACUGUUAUUGGCCUAGAAACUGAUUUGAUUGUUUCUACAUCACUAAUUGAUUUUUAUUGCAAGUGUGGUUUCAUUAGCAUGGGUAGGAAGUUAUUUGACAGAAUGGUGAAAUCUGAUGUAGUUUGUUGGAACUCAAUGUUGACUGGGUAUGCCACUAAUGGUAAAGGAAUAGAGGUUUUGGAUUUGUUUGCUUCCAUGAGACAUGCUGGAGUUCAGCCAAAUGAUGUUACUUUUACUGUAGUUCUAUCUGCUAGUAGUCAUUGUGGACUGAUUGAGGAAGCUAGGAAGUGGUUUUAUUUGAUGAAAUCUGAUUAUAACAUAGAACCAGGAUAUGAGCACUAUGCAUGUAUGGUAGAUCUCUUGGCUCGAUUUGGUUGCCUUGAAGAAGCAGCGGCUUUACUUAAACAAAUGCCGGUAAAGGCAGAUGUAACUAUGUGGUCUUCAGUGCUGAGGGGCUGUGUGGUGCAUGGAAACAAGAAUCUGGGAAAGGAAGUUUCUGAGAUUAUGAUUCAUCUUGACCCUGAAAAUUCAAGUGCCUAUGUGCAUUUAUCUGGAAUAUUUGCUUCUUCAGGUGACUGGGAAGGAUCAGUACUAAUAAGAGAUAUGAUGAAAACUAAACGUGCUGAAAAAAUUCCUGGUAUUAGUUGGUGAUGUGCUUGAACAAAGUUAUGUACUUAUGUGUGAUCAAAAUUGGACAAAAAUGCGGCAUGAACAAUUUAAAGAGUAACAAUGAGAUAAGCUGUAAGCUGUAACUCCUUUAUUCAGUUAGUGGUGUUGGUGAUUCUCAUUUUCUCUUUUGAGUGGAAGUUCUUGGUGCUUGGAGUUUUAAUUGCUUUCAGGCAUUGUUGGUCUUGACUAAUGCUUUCUGGCACUACUAGUUGCACUUAUAACAGCAAAGUCAGCUCAGAUUUUUGAAGAUCAUUCAACUGGUACAGUUUGCUACAAAGAUGAAACAGGGGAGAUUAUAUGUGAAGGAUUAGACGAAGGUCCUCGUCUUGUUCCGCAACAUCAAUCAACACCCUUACCUUGUUUAAGGGAUGAAGCUUAUGUGCUUGAUCGUCUUCAGCAGAGAUUCCUCCAGAUUAUGGAUGUAGAAACACCCGCAAACUUUAGUGCCUUGCUGGAGGAGCAGCAUUCAUCCAAUGGAUCCAACAUGUUGCAUUGAAUAAACAUGAUGGGUGUGUACGACAAAUUUUUGAUAGCCGAUUAAAUUGACUGAUUGACUUGAAGACAAUGGUGGAAACAUAUUUAUAACGACAAGUUGAUUCAACCAGCUAAUUUACUAAACACUAGUAUUAAAUGGUUUGACCAUUCCAACCAUCUAUUUGUGCUUAAAUAAGAAAAUAGCCUAAUCAGUUAUUUUGUCGAAGACUUCCCAUGUAUAAAUAUUACCUUUGUAUAAAGUAAAUAAUGUCUCUAAAUUUGACAUAAAACUCAUAGCUUUUAUUAGGUUAAAAGCUUUUUAUUUUCAAUUAUGUGACAUAAUUAUGUUCAGCAACAAGAUGUAAAUGAAGCAAAUCUAUCA